AUGGCAGACUCACACCAGCAACAGCAACAACCACAGGAGCACACAGAGCUCGGGCGCCGCGCAAAACUCACACAGGACGCCCUCGUCGUCGCCUCGUCCAAAGUCAUCAAGACGCUCGACGACAAGGCCAUGAGGCAGUGCUUCCCCCAGCGAUGGGCAGACGAGUACCCCGACCUGAUACCCGGGUUGAGGGACAUGGUCGUCUCGACCUACAACGACGGCGUGCCCCUCGCGUGGAACGAUCUUGUCCGCACGGCCGGCUUCGUCGAGAAGGCCAACGAGUUGGACAGGCUCAUUGCAGAGGCGCAGGCGCGCAAAGACGCGGGAGAGGAACCUCGGAACUUGUACCAGAUGGGACUGGACGGCACGAUCACUGUCCCCUCCGCUACCGUUCCCGUCCUGCAAACUUCCAUCUCCUCCCUGCGCCAAAAGCGCCAAGCCCUCGCGAACAAGAAUGCCGAGACGUACGCGCGCAUCGCAGCGCUCUCCCAAGCCGUCUCAGCGCAAGAGACGCAGAACGAAGAGAUCCUCACGCAAUUCACCGAGUCCGUAAAGGCGUUGAAGGAGAUUGAUGAAGCGGGAAUGACGGCGUUGCAAGAUGAACUUGUCCGCGUCGUCGGUGGGCACCUCUGA